AUGUCCGGAAAAUACAUCGUCGUCUUCAAGGACAACGUCGACCAGACACAGGUCGACAAGUUCGCGAAGGACGUCGCCUCAAACGGUGGCACCGUGAACCAGCGCUACGACACCGUUCUCAAGGGCUUCUCGGCCAGCAUCCCCGACGCGUACCUGCAGCAGCUGCAGUCCUUCACGGGCUCGGUCAUCGACUACAUCGAGCCGGACAGCAUGGUGACCACCCAAUGA